AUGACAGGCAAGUGUGGCCAUGUUAAAUACCAAAAUAUUAUUCGAUCAAGUAGCACAAAUUUGCAAUUACCGAGUAGUAGAAGAAGAGUCAUUUCUUUUCAGGGCUCCGUCAAGUCUGUCCAAACUUCUUGUCGAAUAUCUGUCCCAGGCACCUCAUCAACGAGGGAAGAAAAAGUGCCUUCGAGCUUCUUGAGGGACAAGAAGUUGAUUCCUGAUUCAGAUCCUCCUAGCAUGCAAGAUGUCAACCUUUUGUAUCAGUUUUUUGAUCAAAGUACCAAGCUUAUGGUGUUGACAGGAGCUGGAAUUAGCACAGAAUGUGGAAUUCCUGACUACAGAAGCCCAAAUGGAGCUUAUAGCUCUGGUUUCAGACCAAUUACCCAUCAGGAGUUUCUCCGUUCAAUUCGGGCCCGGAGGCGAUAUUGGGCAAGGAGUUAUGCUGGGUGGAGACGGUUUACUGCUGCACAUCCUGGUCCAGCUCAUAUUGCUUUAGCAUCCCUAGAAAAAGCUGGCAGGAUAAACUGUAUGAUUACACAAAAUGUUGAUAGGUUGCAUCACCGUGCUGGUAGUAACCCAGUUGAAUUACAUGGGACUGUAUAUUCUGUGGUUUGUAUAGAGUGUGGUUUUUCCUUCCCUCGGGAUCUAUUUCAGGACCAAGUUAAGGCCCUUAAUCCAAAGUGGGCAGAGGCAAUUGAGAGAUUGGACUAUGGUAACCCUGGAUCAGAAAGGAGCUUUGGCAUGAAGCAGAGACCUGACGGUGACAUUGAAAUUGAUGAAAAAUUUUGGGAGGAGGAAUUUCACAUCCCUACUUGUCAAAAGUGCAAUGGAGUGCUUAAACCUGAUGUUGUCUUCUUUGGUGAUAAUGUUCCCAAGGAUAGAGCUGAUAAGACAAUCCAAGCUGCAAAAGAAUGUGAAGCUUUUCUUGUGCUAGGAUCAUCCGUAAUGACGAUGUCUGCUUACCGGCUUGUCAGAGCUGCACAUGAAGCUGGUGCUGCUACUGCAAUAGUAAAUGUAGGAGUGACACGUGCCGAUGAUUUUGUACCUUUGAAAAUCCAUGCUCGACUGGGAGAGAUUCUACCCAGAGUGCUUGACAUGGGAUCCCUCUGUGUCCCUGCAGUUGGUUGA